AUGAGCUUGAAGAUUGAAAAAUUGCAAUAUUCUAAGAGACUAAGCUCAAGCCAUCAGGGUGUUGUAUCUGGCUUCAUCAUUCGUAUUCCAAUCUCAAUGGGUAUGAAAGGAUCAUUGAAGAGGAAAGCAGUCGGCGAAUCGGCUUUAAGCGGUGACGAAGGAGCAGAAAGCGGUUCCGAUAUUGAGUACGAUAUUGUGAAUAACAUAGCAAUCAAUUCCAGCGAUAGUGAUGACGAUGAGAGUGAGGAUUUAGAUGCUUACGAAGAGCAGGAUGUGAUCGAGUAUAGCGACGAUGAGGAUCAACCUAAGAUACAGGCGAAAAAAUCCACAGAUAAGAUGAAAACCAUGCCAAAACUCGAAAUGUCGGAUGGGGAGGGGGACGAUGACCCAGACGAUGUUAAUGAGUACUUUUCCACCACAGCGAUGGACACAAAGAAGCACAAGAAAGGCAGUUUCCCUAGCUUUGGGUUUUCAAAACUAGUGUUGAGCAACAUAAGCAGAAAAGGCUUUCAUCAGCCCACUCCAAUUCAACGUAAGACAAUUCCUCUCAUUUUGCAAAGCAGGGAUAUUGUUGGUAUGGCUCGUACUGGUUCUGGUAAGACCGCAGCAUUUAUCUUGCCCAUGAUUGAAAAAUUGAAAUGCCAUUCCAGUAAAGUUGGCGCUCGUGCAGUUAUCCUUUCGCCCUCGAGAGAGUUGGCGAUGCAAACACACAGAGUUUUCAAGGAUUUCUCGAGGGGCACUGACUUGCGUAGUGUUUUGUUGACGGGUGGUGAUUCGUUGGAAGAUCAGUUUGGUAUGAUGAUGUCCAACCCAGAUGUGAUCGUCGCUACGCCCGGUAGAUUCUUACAUCUGAAGGUAGAAAUGAACUUGGAUUUGAAAAGUGUUGAGUAUGCGGUCUUUGACGAAAGUGAUAGAUUAUUCGAGAUGGGUUUCGAAGAGCAAUUGAAUGAGUUGUUGGCGGCUUUGCCUGCCAAUCGUCAAACCCUUCUUUUCUCCGCUACUUUACCUAAUUCAUUGGUAGACUUUGCCAAGGCGGGUCUGACAAACCCAGUCCUUGUUCGUUUGGAUGCUGAGACUAAGAUAUCGGAAAACCUAGAGAUGCUUUUCCUUACCACGAAACACGACGAAAGAGAGGCUAACUUGCUGUACCUACUACAAGAAAUUAUCAAGAUUCCGCUAGCGACAGAAGAGCAGAUAAAACUGCUGAAGAGCCGUUCGCAGGAUAAUGACAGUGACGAUGAUUCGGAUAGGGAACAGGGAAAGAGAAAGCAUGCUAAAGGUAAAAAGGGAAAGUUCAAAAAAGUCAGGAUGCCGGCGGCCAACGAGCUGCCAUCCGAAAAAUCUACAAUUCUAUUUGUUCCCACAAGGCACCAUGUGGAGUAUAUUGCCAACCUGCUGAAAAAAUGUGGCUACUUGGUUUCUUACAUCUAUGGUACUUUAGAUCAGCGCGCUCGUAAUCGUCAGUUGUACAAUUUCCGGGCCGGCCUGACCUCGAUCCUUGUAGUGACCGACGUCGCUGCCAGAGGUGUCGAUAUUCCAAUGUUGGCUAAUGUCGUUAACUAUACGCUACCGUCUUCCUCGAAGAUUUUUGUUCAUCGUGUUGGUAGAACGGCAAGAGCAGGUAACAGAGGUUGGGCAUACUCAAUUGUUUCCGAGUCGGAAUUGCCCUAUCUGCUGGAGUUGGAGUUGUUUUUGGGUAGGAAAGUUUUGACCACUGAAAUGUAUGAGACGGCAGCAGAUGCUUUAAAGAAGAAGUGGAUCGAACAAGGUAAAGAUGAGAUACUUUUCCAACAGCCAAGUAUCUCUUACACGAACAGACUGGUGCUUGGAUCUUGUCCGAGAUUGGAUCUCGAAAGUAUGGGAGACCUUCACAAGAAUUUAAUGUCUGACUUCGAGCUGGAGACUCUGAAGGGAGUGGCUAAAAGAGCAGAAAAGCUAUAUUUGAGAACCAGAACCGCGGCUUCCGCUGAGUCUGUGAAAAGAAGUAAGCAGCUGAUAAGCGCCGGUUGGGACGAGCAGAAUGUGAGAUUCGGCAAGAAUCUGGAGAAGGAAAAGAUCGAUUUCCUGGCAAAAUUGCAGGGCAGGAGAAACAAGGAAACUGUGUUUGAAUUUGCAAGGAACGCUGACGACGAAACCUCGAUGCUGAUGAAGAAAAGAAGAACUCAAGUGGCACCUAUUCAGGAAAAGGCUCGUAGACGCAGAGAACUGUCAGAGAUGGAGAAAGCCGCCGGUAUGUCUCACGGUCUCCAAGACGAGAUUCUGGACGAUCACAGUGGAAUAAGCACCAACACGGUCUCCGAAGAGGUUUUGCAAAGCUUCGAAGAUGCGGACAAAGUGUUGCAAGAACAAGAAUUGGGUCGCAAAAUGCCGAAGAGCUUCAGAGACCCAAACUUCUUCUUAAGCCAUUUUGCACCACGAGGAGGCCAGCAAGACAACGAGCUACAAUUGACAAGUGGCUUCACUACCGAUGCUGCGCAUGCUGCGUACGACAUAAAUGGCGAUGACAAAGUCCAAGUGCACAAGCAGACAGCCACAGUGAAAUGGGACAAGAAGAAGAAGAAAUACAUUAAUGCCCAAGGCGCAGAUAAUAAGAAGUACAUUACGGGAGAAAGCGGUCAAAAAAUACCUGCAUCUUUCAGGUCCGGCAAAUUUGCUGAAUGGUCGAAGGCACGUAACCUGCAACCGAUCAAAGUUGGCGCUAAAGAGUCACCGGCAGCUAUGAACCUGCUAAAGAACCCAGCUCAAAGUAAUCCAGCGGACGGCCAACGUAGGAUACAUGGGAAAUUCAAACACAAGCAAAUCAAAGCUCCUAAACUGCCCGAUAAGCAUAGAGACGAUUACGAGAAGCAAAAGAAGAAAGUCAAGGAGGCCUUGGAGAGAGGCACCAGAGUUAAAGGUUACAAUAACCAGGGUGGAGCGAGAAACGAGCUGCAGUCUGCAUCGCAAAUCAGAAAGCAGAGACAGACCAAGGAGAAGAGAAAGGCCAAAAAUGCUCGUCCUUCAAAGAAAAGGAAAUUUUGA